GUUCCAACUUGCAAGGCAGCUUGGGCAGCACGUCACGCUAGCUUUAUCGAUCGCCUCGGAUCUUAGGCCAAGACAGCCGAACAGGUUAACCCGCAUUUAUAGCAACGACCGUGAUAGCUCUGUUUUGAUAGCUUUCAACCCAAUUGCCAAUUCUACUUUUCACAACCGCCAGAGCAAAAGCUUGAGCUUUCACAUACGCUCUCCGCGAAACCCCCUCUCUUCCAUUUCCGCGUCCCCCAUCCAUCUCGACAUGGCGGACCAAAACCCUCUCGCCGACUCCGGCAUCACCAUCCGAUCCGACAGCGAGCAAUACUCCAACUCGGGCCCAGAUGACCUCUCCAUGUCCCCAUCGCCGCCUUCUACAUCUAGCUCGCCACUUAUCUUAUACUCCCCGCCUACGUUCUGGAGCUUGGCGAGGGGCGCGGCGAUCAACCUGUUCUUGCCGUUUGUGAACGGGCUCAUGCUCGGGUUUGGGGAGCUGUUUGCGCACGAGGCCGCUUUCAGGUUGGGAUGGGGCGGAACGAAGGUUUUCCCCAGCUCGCGGAACGCAAGAGCCAUCGGUCCCGGUAUCGAGAUCCGCGACAGCCGGGAGGAAAUCCAGAGGGAGCGAGACAUGGAUAAGUUGACCAGCCUGGAAUGAACGCAUAAUCUGCCUAGUGGCUGCUGAAAUACGUGCUGGAACCGCGAGCACAAAAAAUAUAUCAUACGGGCGGGCGUUUGGAGUUUAAGAGAAAGGGGUUCUUGAUAUUAUGAUGGAAUUUGAGCAUGAGAUGCCAUAUUUUGUACAUACAGGCUGCGGGCUGGAUGUUACAUAGAGUACCACCG